UGACGGGGACAGGGACACCGUGGUGUUCUCCAGCUCCAUCCCCCGUGAGCAGGGGGCAGUGGCUCCCAGGGCACCCUGUGCACGGCACCCACUGGCACAUCACUGUCUGCCGUGGUAGCAUCUGCGAUUCUCCCCCCGUUGCUGUACUCUCUCUCUUUGGGUCCCCCCCAUUGCUCCCCAUCCCUUUGGAUUCCCCCCGUUGCUCCCCAUCUCACUGUAUCACCCCCAUUGCUCCCCAUCCCUUCAGGUCUCCCCCAUUGCUCCCCAUCCCGUUGCCCCCUCCACGUCACGCCGUCCUCUUGCCCCUCGCCUUUGUGCCCCCCAGGUGCCCACCACCCUCACCUCCCCUGUCUGGGUCCUCCACCCACCGCCCCCUGGCCAUGCCCCACUCCACCCCACAAGAUCCCUGCAAUGCUCCUGUGUUGCCCUGCGCCCCACGAGUCCCUCGGGCACCAGACAAGCCCCCCAGGCCAGUAAAUAGUGUAGGACCUACCGUAACAGCAGUGUGAGCACAGGCUCGGGCAGUGGACGUGGGGGUCUCCUGGGCUGCAGGGUGCCCUAUAAGUGGGUCUGGGUGGGAAGGGCGGUGCUCAGGGAGCUCCACCCACCAUAUCUGCUCCCCCCCCCCCAGCAAUGACCCCCCCAAAAAACCUCAGUUUCCCCUUGUGGGGGACAGGGAGCAGCUGCCAGGCAGGGCGGAAGCGGCCCCAAUAUUGCUGCCGAGGGCGUUUUGCCCGUGGCCCCCCUGGGGUCACCCAGUCCCCAUGGGCUGGUUCCAGCAGGACCCCCCCCACCCCCAACUCACAGCCAGCUGGUGCCAGGCAGGGGGGCUUGGGGCACCUGGAAGCCCUGGGGCUGGGUUGGGUGACCACGCCGACUGCUGCGUGCCAGGGCACAGCAUCCCCGCGAUGGCAUCUCCCCGCUGGGCACUGGCUUCCUGCCACUCGCCAGCAGCUGCUGAGCUGGGGCGAUGCUAUCGGGGGGCCGGGGCCCCACACGCACCGUGGCACCGCUCCUCGCUGCAACCUCAGCCAGUUCGGGGGGUGCCUGGGGGGCUGGAGGGCACAGGAAUGUGGGGACGGCGUGGGGAUGUCGUGGGGGCGUCGUGGAGAUGGGGUGUGCGCGUGGACACGUCCCCAUGCUGCAGGUAAGGAUGGGGACCGAGGUCUGCCUGUGCUGGGGACACGGCUGGUGGCCGGGGAGGUGUCAGCGUUGGAUCGAGGCAAGCACGGAGAUGCGGGUGGUGGCCGAGGGACGUGGGUGCUGGGGACACCACUGCUGUGCUGGGGACCGGGGUGGUGGCUGGGCUGCCGUGGCCGCAUGGCCAUGCCCUGGCACGAGGACAUGGUGGGACGGCUCGUUUCCUGCCGCCGUAAUCGCUGCUAAUUGGCUUUGCCCUCCCCGGGGUGGAGGGUGGGGGGCAGGUAAGAGGAUUUCCCUGCCUCCUUCUUAAGGGCCGGCCGCCCCCCAGCCCUGCUUCCCGCUGCCUGCCUCCAGCCCCCGGCCCCAUGCCACGCACACGGGGGGACAAGGGGGCCCCCAAGGACACGGAGGGCAAGGGGAAGGGGGAGCAGGGGGGCGAGAGCUCCCCCAAGCCCCCCGAGGAGGGUGGCUCCCCCAGCAGCGGCAGCCCCGGUGCCGAGUCCCGGCACAGCGGGCACGGGCAGAAGAACAGCAAGAAGGGUGCCGGGGAUCCCCACGCCGCCGCCGCCAAGGCUUACUCACCCUUCCUCAACACCGUCUUUGGCAAGGAGCGAGAGCUGUCACCGGAGGAGCUGGAUGAGCUGCUGGAUGCCUUCAAGGAGUUUGACACCGAUCAGGACGGCUUCAUCAGCUACAAGGACCUGGGCGCCUGCAUGCGCACGCUGGGGUACAUGCCCACCGAGAUGGAGCUCAUUGAGAUCUCCCAGCACAUCAAGAUGAGGAUGGGCGGCCGCGUGGAUUUCGAGGACUUUGUGCAGAUGAUGGGGCCGAAGCUGCGGGAGGAGACAGCCCACAUGGUGGGCGUGAGGGAGCUGAAGAUCGCCUUCCGCGAGUUCGACAUGAACGGGGACGGGGAGAUCAGCAGCGCAGAGAUGCGGGAGGCCAUCGCGGCGCUGCUGGGCGAGCAGCUGAAGGCGCAGGAGGUGGACGAGAUCCUGCAGGAUGUGGACCUCAACGGGGACGGCCGCGUGGACUUCGAUG